AUGAAAAUUAUUUGCCAAAUUUUUUCAGGUGACAAACUUGAACUCGAGGUUACAGAAGACCAAGAUAUCAAUGACGUUAAAAAGCAGAUAUCAGAAGUAAAAAACGCAAAAAUUGAAGAAAUCAAGUUAUUAUUCAAAUCAAAAUUCCUCAAAAGCCCUUCAACUUUGAAGGAAUGUGGAAUCACAGAAAAUUCAAAGCUAAUCGUAAUGGUUCCAAACAAAAAACCAGCUCCACCAAUAAAUAAAACUACAGAAACAAAGCCAGCUGAAGAAAACAAGGCACCAAACCAACCAGAAGAAACCAAAAAGAUUAUUCAGCCUGAAAUUGCACCUUUGCCAACUGUUGACAAAAAAUCAAAAAUAGAAUUACCACCAGAUUUUGAAGAUAAGAUCAAGCAACUACAACAAUUAGGCUAUGAAUAUUCAGAAUGUUCUCGAGCGCUCAGAGUUGCAGGCUUUAAUACUGAAAUCGCAGCAAAUAUCUUAUUAUCUGGUUCAAUACCUGAUGAAAUAGACUAUGAACUAGCUGGUGAUCUACCUACUGAUGGAGAUGAUGAAAAUGGUGAAGAAGAGGAUGCAUCAUUGCACAUCACACCAGAAAUUAAAAAACAUUACGAAGAACAUCCAGAAAAAAUACAAGAGCUAAUAGAUAUGUUAUUAUUAAGCGACCCAGCAUAUUAUUUUUUGGCCAAAAAUAAUCCAAUGCUGUUACUUACUCAACUUGGUUUCGAUGUUUCCAAAUUUGACUUUUCAAAACUCGGACCAAAGUCAAUGUACCAAGAAUUAUUGGAUAAACUGACCGAUGAAGAGAAACAAGUUGUUAAAAGACUGGAAGAAAAAGGAUACGAUUCAAUGGAAGUUUUACAAACAUUUGAGGCAUGCAACAAAGAUGAGAAACUUACUGAAGAGUGUCUCAAAGCGUUUAAGAAAUAA